AUGAGGUUAGGGAGCUUUUUAUCAGUCGCGUCUUUGGCAAGCGCAGAAACUGGAAGUCGACUUCUGAAAACAGAAGAUGGUCUAACAGACAGGCGAAAGUUCGAGCGAGCUGAUGAAGCUCUAGAACGCUUGGCCGUGAAAAUUCCAGUCCCAGAUGGAAAAUUUUUCGGCCUCGAAACUGACAGUCUUUGGAUCGGACUUGACGGGACGGUUUCGAUUGAUACGCCGGAUGGAGAUCAUGCUGAUCAUGUUGAGAGAAACUUGAUUCUAGCGCCGUUUUGGACGAAGGAGCAGGCUUCGUUCGGGAAGGUUCAGUGGAGUGUGGGGACGAAACAGAAGGAAAUCCUAAGUAACAUUCGAUCAUCCCCCGACUACUCAACCUUCGAGUCAUCUUCUAUCAUCAUCGUCGGUUUCUGCCGAGUUUUGAAUCCAUUCAACUCGGACGAAGAAAACUGUCACCAAGUUGCUUACGUAACUGGAAAAGACGGGCGCGAUGCGAUUUGGAUAAAAUACCAUCAACUUGAUUGGGUUCCUGAAGACGUCAGCGUCGGCAUCUAUGCUGGAAGAAAAGAGAGCGAACAGUGCUAUUCGUCUUUGGUUAAUGCUGAUGCUGAGGAGCUCCUAAGCGGCUCGAAUAUCGACUCUCCCGGCGUCUGGGUGAUUCCAGCUGACGGUAAUGGCAAAUUGCACUGCUCUAAACAAUUCGAAACCGAAUGUCCUGAGCCGCAGGAAGGGGGAAGAGCAGUUUGGAAUGGAUAUGUUAGUUUGAAAGAAGAUUUUGAUAGCUGGAACUUUUUCGCAGAAUAUGGAUGUUUGCCGAAACAUGAGAUGGCGGAUGGAAGUGACAGAAAAACUGUUCAGUGUCUGUACGAUCCAGAUUACUACGAUUCUCGAUGGGGAUCUGAAGCUCCUAGCUGCAAGGAUCCAAAUGCUAUGCAACGUUUCUCUGUCAACAUGUUCCACGACCAGUUUCUCUGGCCCGACCCACUUCCAAUGGUAAGUCUCCCUCCUUUAAAAGUUCUAGGUCAAACUGGACGCGAGCUCGACGAUUCGACCUCGGGAUCCAUUAUUGGCUCAAUCGCCAGAAUCGGCCGUCCGAUGGGGAAUAUCACGACGAAUAUCGGCGCGAACAUCGGCCGAACUGGACAAGACAUUCAACUUAACUUCGAAAUCGGACUCAGCUCGUAUGGAAGAAUGACGGCUGAUGAUGUGAGGAGGCAGUUGUUUGAUAUCUUUGGAGAUGUUAAAGGACAGAUCAGCGAUACUUCUGAUGUCUGUCUGACCGAAUGUCUCGGCUGCAAGUCAAAAGAAUGCAAUGGCAAUCCGCCCCCGAUUCCCUACAAUGCAUGCUGCGGGCCCUGCGAGGUAGUCAACGGAAAAGUCAUUUCACAGGCCAAACCCUACUCGACUUUGAUCCAUGCUUGCUGCCCUGGAGAAGUCAACGGCCAGUAUUUGUACGAUCCGUUGAAAUCUGCCUGCUGCCCGUUUGAGGAGGGAAAUAUUUUGGUUCCUGUAAAUGUUUAUUCCUCAUUUGGAAAAGACCAAUCAGGAAAUUGUGCAGGCGCUAUUCGUAAACUUUUCUGA